AACCUUUACGAAGUAAAGUAACUCUCUCUCUCUUCACCUUCAUUUCUUCAAUUGUUGUUCAUCUAUGGCAGGAGCAAAAGGGUUCGUUGAAGCAGAUAAUGCAGAGGCCAUAAUUACCAGAAUUGAACACAAAUCGCGAAAGAUCGAAACUUUGCUCAAACAGUAUAAGCCCGUGGAAGCCCUUAAAACUGCCCUUGAAGGCACAUUUGCCAUCAUUGGGGAUGAGCGUUGCAAGUCGGCACACUGGCUUGUGGUGCACAGAGCUAUAAUGGCUAUAAAAGAUGUGGAUGGGAUGCUUUCUUCCUUGGAUCCUGAGUACUAUGAUAUCCUAAUGAAGUACUUGUAUAGAGGCUUAGCUACUGGAGAUCGCCCGACCUGUGACCAAUGUCUUCUGAUUCAUGAAAAAUUGACAGAGAAAGCAGGACUAGGUUGCAUCCUACGUUUCCUCACAGAUAUUGUAAAUACAGUUUGAUUUCUGGACUUCCUUUUUAUUUGGAAUUCUUUGUUCUUUUCCCUUUUGGUGUUUUUGAUUUUUCUCGUGUUUGCAAGACUGCAGCAAUCAAGGCAGUGAAAUAUCAGGGAAAAUAUAUCAAUUUUGGAUUCAUUUCUCCUGUUUUGUUAUUUUGAAAUUGUUUAAAGUUCAAAAUAACAUUUUUUUUUAACUUUUCAAGACUUAUUAAGAAAUAUGUAUAUUGAGCUUGAAGUUCAGCCUCUUA